AUGAGCUUCUCGCUCACGUUCUUGGAGCUGGUCAACAUCGCCAUCCCACGGUGCGGGGUGGUGAACUUCAAGGCCCUGCACCUCCUGCUCCAGGGUAUCCUGGAGCACAUCCACAUGGCUGACCUCGAGAAGGUCCUCUCGGGGGACGAGGACUUCCUCCACGCCUCGCCAGCCAUGUUCAUGCCCCGGGAAGGAGACUCCCAGCCCAUCCUCAACCCCAUGAAUAGGCUCGGCAACGUCUUCGACCACCUGGUGAGCCGCGUGGACAAGAUGGAGAGCCAGCUGGCCGUGCUGCAGGAACUGCCCUCCACCUCCCAGCUGCUGGAAGGCAGCCAGGGCACUGGCCAGCCCGCCCAGGACUUGUGGAACCUGAUAAAGCUCCGGAAGAUAGUGGAGGGCAACGAGGAAGCCAUGGCCAAGUCCAUGAAGACCCUGCAGGAUUUGCUCACCGACAUUUAUGCACUCAAGGUCACUGUUGAAACCCUCAGGAAGGAUGUGGCCAUGCUGAAGGACCUGUUUGACAAGAUGCAUCUGGAAAGAAUAGAUGCUUUCUCUGAAGAUUUGAAAGAGCAGAACCGGAAGAUGAGUGCACCGCAGCGGGAAGUGAUUUCUCUCCAGAACAAGAUAACCACCAUGCCCAAAACUGAGGACAUGGUGCUCUGGAGCAGCCUCCAUGAGGCCAUGUUCACCCCGGGAACUGCUCCACAACUGCUGGAUGAUUCUGAGCUAUUGCAGAUUGCGGAACAUGUUGCAGAGACCAACCUUCCCCAGAUGGCUGAGUACCACGAAGAUGUUAGCCACAGCCAGGUCGUGGAGGCCAUCCAGCGCCCCAGAUUCCUGGAGACCAUCUGGCAUUACCAAGUCCCAGGGCAGCUACAGGAGGAGGAGUCUGCCCAAGCAGUUCUGCUCCCCAGGGCCCAGGGGCCGGACCAGGCCCAAGUGCUCAAACCUGGGCCUGCGCCUGGACCUGGGCCUGCGUUCAGACCUGGGCCUGCGCCUGGACCUGGGCCUGCGUUCGGACCUGGGCCUGCGUCUGGACCUGGGCCUGCCCCUGGACUGGGGCCUGCCCCAGGUCCUCAGCCCACACAAUCAGGAUCCUGGCCUGUACCACCACGAGGCUGGCCUCCUCCCAGAGGCUUGCCUGGGACCAGCUUGGGCUAUUUCCAGCCUGGCCCAGGCCCGUCGGGCUCCCUGUCUGCCCAGCUCCGGGGCUCUAGGGUCCUACCCCCAGCCACGGAACUCGGCUCAGCUUGGCCUCGUUCACUGCGGUCAUGGUCUCGCCAGGGAGACACAUCCAAGCUCUCAGCUCUCUCAGAAAAGGAGGAAGAAUAUUCCUCUGUGGAAGUGGGAGUCCCUCAGGAUGGAGCCCCAAGGGCUGAGGCCUCCACGGAAGUACUCCCUAAGGGAUCCCCGUCUGCGGUUCAGCAGAUAAAAUCCGACGCUGCCAUUGCAGCUGCUGCCGCAGCCGCCUACGCAGCUGCAGCGACAUCGGCAGCCCAGGCAGCUAAGGCAGCUGCCAGGCUGGUCAGGGACACCCCGGCCACCAAAUUGGCCACCAUAGCAACAGCCGUGGCCGCAUCCGGGCCCUUAGGGGUCCUUGCAGACAUCCUGGGCGCAGGGACCUCCCGCGGGGCCUUCACGGAGGACGGCGAGGUGGAAGACUUGCAGGAGGUGGACUAUGAGGACGUCCUCUCUCCUUCAUUCUCUUCUGCCAGUGUCCCUCCCAACAUGGCCCUGUCCCAGGCUGUGCUGGCUGCCAAACAGGCCAUGACCCCUGAAGACAAGAAGAAGGCCGUCAGGUAUUCCAUGAGCCACAUAGCCCAGAUGCCCAUUAGACAUGACUCCCUGCAAGAAGAGUUCGCCCAGCUGUCAUCCAACCUGCAUCAGCGUAUGACUUAUCUAGCUAAUAUGGGAGCCUCUUCCAAGCUUGGGACAACAGUGGACGUAUUGCAAGAAAAGAUUGGCAGCCUCCAGAAAUCCAGGAUGAGGGAGGAGGAACUUGAGAGAUUUUGGGGCCACCAGAUAGAGAUGAUAAAGGACCACCACCUUGUGCUGGACAGGGCAGUGGACAAGCUCCAGAUUCGCCUGGAUGAGUUUAAGGUUGUCCAUUCUCAGAUUAAAAACCUAGAAAUGUACAAGGCAGACAAAAGUGUGAUGGAGCAGGAGCUGAAAGAGAAAGCCGACAGGAGCUCCCUGGCAGGCAAGGCAAGCCGGGCUGACCUGGACGCAGUGGCGAUGGAGCUGAAUGAGACGAUUCAGGGCAUGCUGUUCAGGGUUAUGGCCAAUGAGGAUGACUGGAAGAAGACUGUGGCGCAGCUGGAUAAAGACCUACGCACCAAGCUGGUUCCCAGUGAUUUGGACAAUCUGAAGAAAGACGUGGAUGAGGUCUGGAAAGUAGUCAGGAAGCUGCUGGUUGAAGACUUCCGGUUCGACCCCGACCGCGCUGCCGGCUUUAGGAAGUGAGAAACUGAGCGGGUGAAAUGCAUCUCCUGCCACCGGCCCGUGGAGAUGAUGACCAGCCCGCAACUCAUCACCAUCCGCAGUGCCCGGCUGCUGUCGCGGCUGCGGCCGGCCAGCGCCAACAGCUACGAGUACCUGCAGUGGCAACAGGUGAGGGAACAGCAGCAGCUGCAGAAGCUCCAGAACCUUGCAGCCCCGGAGGGGAGCCUGGACUCACUGGGCUCCCCGCAGGACUGGGGUGACGGCCCCGGAAAUGACGCCAACCUUGAUUUCAAAUCAUGUAACUUGUCGACAGUCUACCCCUACGGGGACCCCGAGUUGUUGGACUAUGAUUCCGCCGAGGUGGACAUCCUGGGAGCGGACGGGAUCCUGUACAAGGGCCGAAUGAACAGCAAGGACAGGGUGCGGCCUCUGACCGGCGCAGAGAAGGAGCUGGCAGCUGUGAAGGUUCCGCAUCCCCCCGCUCGAAGGCCUUAUGAGGGUGCGCGCCCGAGUGCCUUAUUUGGUGCCAUCUACCCCUCCCUGCACCCCCACACCAGCAUGGGCUCAGCCGCCUCAGGCCCCCAGCCGACGAUGCCAGCUCAGCCUCCGUCUCUGCCUCCCCUGCCGCUGCUGCCACAGCUGAUGCCGUCCCUGCAGGAUCCCCAGCCGGCCCCAGGGCCUGCCGGGCACCCAAGGCCUCUGCGCCUCGAGUCCCGAGCCGGCAUGCAGUCCACCAAGGAGCCCACCAAGCUGACUGUGUCCAAAUGAGGCAGAGCUCUUCCUGACCCAGGUGACCUACACCGCCUUGGGGGAUACUGGCCAGUGCAGCCCUGGCCCCACCCCCAUAUCACAGAUGAGUAUUUUUGUCAGCUUCUCCCCAGAAUAAAAUCUUUCACUUUUCUGACUGUGGAUGAGGGUGACUGGCCCCAUGCCCUCUGCGAGGGGAGGCCUUGCCCAUCCCACAUGGGUGGGUGGACCUGCCAGUCCUUCCUCGGGCCACCAGCCCAGGGUCAGUCUCCCAGAACCACUGUCCAGAACCACCAUGGCUGAGUCUCAGCAGAGAAUCACAACAAACCUCCCCUCCCCCAUCACAUCGGUCGCCCCGUGGCAAAGUGCCCCGUGUGGCCCUGGUCCUGUGUGGUGGGCACAUCACGGGCCUGUGGGAGGGGCAGUGGUGUGACUUGCCCAGGGUCACACAGUGAGGCCUUAGCUCUCCGGCCACCUGCCCAGAAGGCUGUACUUCUUGGGUGGGUGCUGUACACAGGUAUGAGGGGGUCCAACUUCCAGGGAAAGGAGGUGUGGCCUGGCCUCAGGCAGACGGAGAGGUGGGGGCUCCUGGGGACGCGCCCAUGCCAGGUGUGGUCAGGCUUGUCUCCUGCAGCCUUGACAUGUGUGGAACCACAGGCAUCCAAGCCCUGCUCUUUCAGCCCCUCGUAGCUGCCUUCCCAGCCCAUUUCUCAGAUUUACCAAUGGAGUCAGCGCUUGAGUGGGUUGCUGCAGCCCAGGGAGCGAGGAGCAAGACCCAGGUAGGUCACUGUGUACCCAUUUGCAUACUGACAGGCCUCCUGGGUGCUUUGAAUGGUGGGGAACCAUGAACCCAACUGCAGCCGGCCAGGAGCCAUCUUGAAGAUGACAGUUCUAUCCCCCGUGGGGGUUGGUAGGGAAGCCAACCUUUGGCCUGAUCCCAGGUGGGAGGUGCAGGCAGGAUGUUUGCCAAGGACAAGGCUCGCCUAUUCUAGCCCCAGGGGUGGGACCUGCACGUCUUGGCAGCUGGGAGGGAGGUACUGCACCUACUCCUGGGGCUGCUGCUCAGAAGGGUGGCCCACCCCAUCCCAGCAGGGGAAGGUGCUUGGGGAGCAGACAGAACCGGGGAUGGGGUCAGUAGAGUGGGAAUUUCUGGAGACCUUGGGUCCAGCCUCCUCUGCAGGGGGGACCACAGCUCCUGGCCUGGGACACAGUGGCAGGGCCAAGCUGGACAAGGAGUAGGGUGACCAACCAUCCUGGUCUGCCUGGGAGUGAAGGGGAUCCCUGGAACUUGCAGUUUGAAGACCGAGAAGGAAUUCCCUGGUGGUCCAGUGGAUAGGACUCCGGGCUUUCACUGCCGAGGGCCCAGGUUCGAUCCCUGGUUGGGGAACUAAGAUCCCGCAAGCCGUGUGGUGCAGCCAAAACACAACAAAACAAACAAACAAAAGACUGAAAUGAAUCGGUCAUGUGGAGAGGGAAGCAUGUGAGCUGGCCUGGUAUGAGGGGCACAAAUGAGAUGCCUGCUGCCAAGCAGAGGGUCCUGCCUCGAGGUGCCGUGUGGUGAUUGCUCUGCACCCCCAAACCCAGCCCCACAACCCACCGAUGCAAGUAAAAGGGUCACUGAACAUUUUCCUCCUUUCAAAGACCACAAACUCAUUAACCCUAAGGUAUAAACAACUGACGACAGCAAACGUGUCCCAAACAAGAUGAUCUGCCUUGGUAAAAGGCACCACCAGUACCCAAAAGCAGGCCACCAGGAGGCACUGGAGGGAGGACAUUCUGUGCAGGGACUUCAUAGGGACACACAGGUCCCCCUGGCACCACCGUCUUGGCUGGCUUGACCCCUGACUUUCCACGGAUUUGGGAGCUCUAGGCAGAGACCCUCCACACACACACACAACCUCCAGAGAGGGGCUUCUCUUCUCUCUCCCCUUUCUUCCUCUUGCUCAUGGCUUCCCCAGCAUCCAUAGAAAAUGAGCUCCCCAAUAUUUACACCUCAUAUUCCCCAGGAGAUGAGAAAUGGCCCCAGAAAGCAGAGCAGGACUCUGCCAACAGGCUCCCAGCACCUCGUGCUGUGCCACUGACAGGCCUCCAGGAAGUGGGCCCUCCCCUCCCCUCCUGCGGAGGGGGCUGAAGUCAAAACCCUCAUCUGUCCUCAGAUGAGUCCUGCUGUAAAAAGCCCCUCAGAGACCUCCAGGGCCACAACGGCCCUGCCCGCCACUGGGCUGGGGGGCCAGUCUCCGGAGCAGCGUGGUUUUCUGCAGCGGCCACGGUGUGUUCCCAGAGAGCCCUGGGGGCUCUCAACGGCCCUGGGAGCAUCCACCUUCAUCCAAGGGAAUCUCAGAACAAGCCCUUCUCUUUAAAGCUCUGAAGGAGGAGCCCUGCCUGCCCACAGAAAGCAUU